AUGCGGCCCUCCUCGGCGGCGCGGCGGGGAAACUCUCCGACUUCAUCCGAUGCUCCCGGCGCCGCGCGGCCUCGGCGACACCGCGAGAGGCCGCCUCUCAAGCAGCUCAAGCAGCUCGACCUCUUCGGCAACGACGUGGCGGAUGACAACAACCCAAUUUUGACCAUCGCGAGCGAGCGCUUGCGCGUCCUCGAGGACCUUCUCUCGCAUGACCAGUGGGAUCCGGUGGAUGGGCGCGAAGAGCUGUGGCGGGAGGUGGACGGCAUGCUGACAAGGGCAUGGGGGCGGUGGCAAUAUCGCGCUGCUUUUGACGUUUCCAACGGCGUGGCGAUGGUUCAGCUACUGUGCGCACACGGCGCUGACAAGUCGCAGGCUGCGCUCCGCGAGUGGUUCACGACGAGCGAGCACUGGCGCACUCCGCUACACCACUUUGACAUCCUUGGCGCCCCACACGUGCGCAAGCUCCUCCGCGACCCGUGGACGCUGCACGAGCCGCCGGCGGACCCCACGUCUUCGGGCGUGCUCAAGCCGCUCGAUCUCGCCCUCUCGAAGCCGGAGGGUGCGCGUAGCGACGCCGCGUGCCUCAUCGUGCGCGCGGCGGCGAGGUGGAGCCCUCUGAGCCACGACGUCUAUCCGGCGGACGCGCGGCGCCUCGCGGUGCUCCUCGCGCCCAUCGGCUACCACCUCGAGUACCACCGCGGCUUCCGCGGCCUCGGCGAGGUGUGGGUACGGCACGUGCUGCCGUGGGUGGUCUCACGCGCAAGCCGCCGGCCGCUCGGCGUCGCCGACGUGCUCGCCAUGCGAGGUCCGCAGCUCGCCGACGAGCUCCGCUUCCGUCGGCUCGAGAGGCCCGCAACCAAGUCGGCCAUGGUCGGCGCGUUGCUCGAGGCCAUCGGGGCGAUUGCCAGGGACCCUGACUCUGAGUCAGAGUCGGGCAGUGCGGAGGACGAAGAGUGA